AUGUCUCAACUUCGAACAGAUAAGGCAUUUCGCCUGAGCACUGCACACUUGACCGAAGUGCAAUCUUCGACAACGAAUUCAGAGCAGAUUAAGCAGGACAGAGUUGGCUUCAACAAAGAUCAACGCAGAUUUGGCCAGGAUGAUAAGAAUAUGGACAAGCAUCUUGGAUUGCCACGCAAUUCACUCAUCGAUCUAAACUUCCCCACCAAGAAGGUGAUCGAAGUGCAAGAUACGGAAAUGUUGGAUGUCCUGCAUGAUGGCAGUAUAACAUCAAACAACGCAGCGAUCAAGCGGGAAAUACGUGGAUCAAACAUUCCACCCAGUGGCGUCUCGAUCAUACAUGUUACAGAUGAUGGAGCUCAUUAUGAAAUAGGUUCUGCCAUGCCCACCGAUGCUGAUUUUCGUUCUGCAAAUACUCCUCAACCUCAGAUGGAGCAUGGAAUGGCUAACAUUCAGCAUCAUGAAAGCCAUACACAGCCAUCCCGGGGAGCCGAUCAUGCCGAAGGAAGAACCACCUCAUAUCGUUCUCCACCAUCUUUGGAUGAAGAGCCUGAUGUUCAAAUCCUGGACGCCGCUGUUGCCAGACGUUUUCCUGUCUACACAAACUCCAAAAUUGGGCCAGGUGACUAUUUGACUGAUGCCGAGUUUGAACGCAUGAUGAAAGCGAACGCUCCUCUUUCAGCACAAGAAAUCAACGACGAGGAGGGGGUGGAUGCAGAAGACGUUGUUACGGAGGACUUCAUUGUAGAUCACCUACGCUCGCUUGUGAUAGGUCCGUCCACGGAGACUUCAUCGAGAUCGGUAGGGGAAAAUUCCUGGCCAGGGCAGCGGGUGGCCGAUACUGUCAACAUCAAAGGCCUAAACCUACGCAGAGGCUUGACUGUUGAGCUCCAGAAUGGCUCAUUCAUUUGGAUCGAUUCUCUCAAGAACAACAUCUGGGGCCCAGUCACCAUCAAAGGCUACAAAUUAGCAAGAGACGGUUAUUGCGGCGCAAAGUUGCCUAGUGGAAGACUCAAUGAGCUCGUCUGGAUCAAUGAAAUCGACGAAGAAGGACAUCAAGUAGGGCUUGAAUCGGUUCUACAAGAAGUGCAAGUUUCAGAGGUAAAGCGAGUUCGCGAUGUUGUUUACACGAAUUGUCCCUGGCCAAUGUUCAGCUCCCAUGAGGAAAUCGCGGGCAGAGGACUGACUCAAACAGCUAUCAACAAUGCGGCAGAGAGUGAACAUGGAAAGCUUUAUUGCCGUUGGAAGUUCAUCCAGGUAAAGAGCAGGCUCAAGAAUGAUGAUGAGGCUUGUCUCACCUUACUAAGCCCUGAAGAAGCGAUUGACAAAGCUGGGAUUGAACCAUCCCUUUUGCGAAAGGCGUGGCGGGGCGACGAGGAUCCAAUACCAGGUGGAAGCUCCACAAUGCCCGCCUUCGAUGUUGAAACAGGAAAGAUGACCUCCAUACCAUCAUACAGCCUGGGGGAUUGUUUCUGCGGCGCGGGUGGUGUCUCCCGUGGCGCAAUCCAGGCAGGUCUACAAGUGGCGUGGGGAUUUGACGUUGACCCAGAAGCCAUCAAGGCUCAUGCAGAGAACUUCGCAGCGUAUGGGACGAAAUCAUUGGAGCUGACAGAUUCAGCGAUCAUCGAGCUAAUCAAGAAGAACCCCAGAAAGUUUCAUGUCGACAUCGCCCACUAUUCGCCACCUUGUCAGCCCUUCUCAUCUGCAAAUCAUAACAAGAAUGUGGAUAGAGACUUCCUGAAUCAGAAAGCUCUAUUCUCACUUCAUGAUUUGACCCAGCUCCUUAAACCCCGGAUCGCGACUAUCGAGGAGACAGCAGGGCUCAUGCAUCGCCACGGAGAGUGGUUUAAUGCUCUGGUCCACAUCUUCACCAAUCUUGGCUACAGCAUCCGGUGGAAAAUCGUCCGUUGCAAUGAGCACGGAAUUCCACAGAAUCGGGUACGGCUUCUUCUGAUGGCUGCAGCUCCAGGAGAGAGCCUGCCCAAGUUCCCGAGAGCGACGCAUGGCGAAAACGGCUCAGGAUUGAAGCCCUACGUCAAGAUUCGCGACGUCAUCUACAACAUCCCCUCGACAGCGAAGAACCAAAAUAUGCUGUCUGAGUCGAAAAAGCCUUAUCUGCUCACGCCGUUUUCGGAUGACUCAUUCGCCAAGUGUAUUACAACCAGCGGGGGGCAGUUCAAUCAUCACCCAUCGGGUGAGCGUAGGUACAACGUGCGAGAAAUGGCUUGUCUGCAGGGCUUUCCCACCAAUCAUGCUUUCAACAACCACUCUAUCACCAUCGCAACGAGACAGGUUGGAAACGCAGUACCUCCAACCCUAGCGAAACCUUGGCUCGAAGGGAUCAUCAAGUCACUGAGAGAGACCGACAUGAAGCAAAAGAUGAGAAAUAAACGCAUGGAAGGUUGA